AUGGCAUCUUUCGUCACAUUAGUCGCUGACAUCAAGGUCGUUGUCUCUGUUGUGUUAAUUUUUGGCUUGUUCUAUCUCGUUGUCUUCGUGUGCCACGGGGUCGACCGUCGGUCGCAUCAACGUCGCCGACGUUUCCUCGACCUUGAAGCCACCGCCAAUGAAAGCGCUGAACAGGUACAAGACAACCAACACACCGAAGAUAAUGUCCAGACUCCUGCCCCGGCAUACGAUUCAGAAUGCCCUCCUGCGUACACCGUCGAAGACGCGCACCCCAUCGCCGGCAGCAUUCUCUCAGCGAACAUAGCCGUUGACCACACAACUGCGAUGGGUCGACACCAUGAAUCUAGCGCUCUAGGCCUUACCGGUCUGGAGGUUGAUAUGGGUCCUCGUGCCGCAACGGAGCUGGCUUUCAUGUCACAGGAAGAUGAAGAGGAUGGCACGGAUCUGGGUGAACUCAGCACCCUGGAGGCUCUUGAAUUAGACGAGCUCGACGCGUCGGUUCUCGAAUGAUCUCGAACUAUUCUAUUUGCACAUCCAUUCAAUCACGCGGGGAGCGCUGGCUACGCCAAUCAAGGCGUUCGCUUCUCAUGUUUUCUCCCAUCAUCAUCAUCGUCAUCGUCGUCUCGUUCAUAUAUCCACACAUUUUCUUUGCAUUUUCCAUUCUCUUUUCUGCUUAGAACAGCUGCAUAUCGCAUAUCUCAUUCCCACUAACACAUGUGUUUACGAUUUCAUACCACCGUUAUUUCUAAUAUAUCGUUAGCGUUACCCUAUGUUUACUAUCUAAUCUGUGAAAUAAAACAAG